CAGGCAGCUUGCACCUGACGUGGACCACGUUUGACCCGAGUUCUUACGACGUGGCUGACCUCAGCUGGUGAAAUAGCCGUACCACAGCGGCAACCGAUUCUAAAAGUGGUCGUUGAAAAGCUUCAAAUUUGUCCCCUCGCGGCUUCCGUGCUCGGCAGCGGUUUGAAUGUUCGGCGCGGUUUAACUGGAAACGUUCAGUUGUGACAGAGGAAGAGAAAGAAUGGCCUCCCUUGCCACAUGCACCGAUGAGGGCGCAUUCAAGACCCCCAGAGCCGUCCGAGUGAAGAGCCUUGGAGGCAAUGGAGGCACCCCCAUCACCAUCCCAGCUUCACCUUUCAUGAAAAAGUUGGGCUGUGGGACUGGAGUCAAUGUUUACCUCAUGGACAGAGUGGGAAAGCUGAAUGCGUCUCCCUGGGCUGUGAAGAAGAUCAACAGUAAAUGUGCAGCCAGGCAGUUGGCCGUGUACCAGAAGCGCCUGAACGAGGAGGCAAAGGUCCUGAAGGGGAUCGAUCAUCCAAACAUUGUUGGAUUCCGUGCCUUUGCUACAGCUAAAGAUGGUUCCAAGUGUCUGGCCAUGGAGUAUGGCGGCGAGCAGUCCCUCAAUGACCUCAUAGAGAAGAGGAGAGAGGACGGCCUGAAGGCUUUUCCCGCAGCCAACAUAGAAAAGGUGGCGCUGCACGUCGCUCGUGGCCUGCAGUAUCUUCACAACGAGAAGAAGCUGCUGCACGGCGACAUGAAGUCCUGUAACGUGGUCAUUAAAGGCGACUUUGAGACGGUCAAGAUCUGUGAUGUUGGUGUGUCUCUGCAGCUGGAUGAGAAUAUGAGAGUGUCAGAUCCAAAGGCGGAGUACAUCGGCACAGAGCCGUGGAAGCCGAAGGAGGCUCUGGAGGAGGGAGGAGAGAUCAGCGACAAGGCUGACAUCUUCGCCUACGGUCUGACUCUGUGGGAGAUGAUGACACUGGCCAUGCCUCAUCUGGAGAUGCUGGAGAACAACCACGAGGAGGAGGAGGAGGAGGAGGAGGGAGAAGAGGACUCUAUGGAGGUGAGUUUCGAUGAGGACGCCUACUACGAGAAGUUGGGGACGAGGCCGGCGCUGGAUGCUGAGGCUCUGGGCAGCUCGUACUCGAGGAUGGUGGAGCUUUUCUAUCUUUGCACGGAAGAAGACCUCAAGAAGAGACCCUCAGCCGCCCAGAUCGUCCAGGCUUUAGAGAGCAACGCCCCGCUGGAGAAAACGCCUUGUGAGGUGAUUGUUAUAGACUGAUUUACACAACCAAAUCUGCAUUUUCGUGUUUGAGGUGCAAAUUAGAAAUAUUCUGAGUCCAGUCUGUCAAAACUUUUGGUCUGUGACGUUGGGUUAAAGGAUUUUUUUCGUCGAGCAUUUAUAUUGAAUAUGUGGGCACAACCUGAAUCCCCUGCCCAUGUUUUUCCUAUUUUCAAAUUUGUUUGGGACGUUUUUUUGUACUAAUUUAAAAGCAAAAACUACAACCUCUAGUUAAUAUAAAUAUUGGGAGAAAACAGCCUAGUCACUGGUGAAAGUGUCAGUUGACUUGAUCUACAGAGGCCGGCUGAAAUCUCUUUACUGUACAUCUUUAUUUGUUGACACUUUCCAUUUGUUUGUACAUUGUCUUGUCUCCUGUAAAUUCUCUUUACUUGUCACUUUCUCUUGAAGUUAUUGUUUGUAUAUCUUUUUUACUUUUCCACCUCUGUAAACUUAGGUAAAGUUCUCCUUUUGUAUCACUAAAUUAGACUAAAAGCCCAUAAUAA